UCUGAGGAAAAAGACCCUGCUAAAGAAAGCGGGAAAAUAUAGAGCUCCUGAGAUUCCAGUAUCGCCUUUCAUUUGAGCUAAACACCAUUUGUGUAGCAUUAUACAGCUCGAGAUGCCUUGUUGAACGCGCAACACAUUGAAUUUUUGAAACAUCAUGACUUCGGACUCGGACUCGGAAUCCAGUCCCGGGGCGAGUGGACGGUGCCCGUCAUCGUCUAGCACGGGAGCUCCGCGCGUUUCGUUCAGACACCGAUCUCGAAGGCGGGCGAGCCGACAUCUAGCGGCACUGAGAUCAUCUCGGCAUCGUCCCCGGAUAACUACGAAGUCCAAUACGAACAAGACAGCCAUGACCGCCCGUGCGCAACUCUUUCUCGGCACGUCAGUCCUACUCCAGCAAUCCACGUUUUCCGACGCGCACAUAGAGUGGGGCUAUGACCACCUGAAUAAGUGCCAGGGACAAGAGAAGGAAGUUGCGGCGUGCGAUGUGUCUGCGUGUGAGAGUGAAGAGUGCCUCGACUGCGUAUGGGACGACUGGAGCUCAUUUAGUGACUGCGCGUGCAACGGGCUGCAGGAGAGGCAUAGGGAGAUAUACCAUUAUGGAUUUUACCCCAUUCCUCGUUAGUGACACGACUCACAAUACUAGACAUCGUUCGACGUGGUCUUGCAUUGUUGAGAUUCUGAAGAUAAAAUCACCUCUAACUAUCUGCUCGUGAGCAGAGGAGUUGCAAUAUAGUGCUCCACUUUAUUCCGUUUGAGUCCACCUUUUCAUUUAUCUUCCUUCUUGUUGGUCUAGGCUCUAAUGUGAGCACAACAACUUUUGCGGCGAGCCAUGCAAGGGACCUCUCAGCGAAACGCGAGUGUGCGAGCCGAAUUGCGUGAAGGUUCAAUUAAGAAUUCUUGUAUCUCCGAAAGUUACUUUCCUUGUUCUGUAUGUUUGAUUUUGAUGGCACCGUCAUGACUGAAAAGUGUCUGAGCGUCGCGACUGAAAAGUGUCUGAGCCAGUCGUGUUUUCUUUUUCUACCAUCUUUUCGCACACUUACAACCAACAGCCAAAAGUCGACUGUAUCUUCGCAGAGUGGUCAUACUGGAGCGAGUGCAGUGAGCCGUGUGGUGGCGGUGAGGCGUCAAGAACGCGAGAGAUAGGAUCUCCUAGUGCGCAAGGCGGUGCGCCUUGUGUAGGAGCCAUGAAGGAGAUCAGAACAUGCAAUGCAGAUCCUUGCAAGGAGCCCAUCGAUUGUCAGAUGAGUAUGGCGAUUAGAGAUACUACCUGUGUUAUUUUUCCCAGCCCAUCUCUGUAACUUAAUAGACUUACACAAAAAUCCGCGCCACCUCUCCCUCUCUUUUCAUCCCCAGCGAAUGGGAGUCAUGGGCCGAAUGUUCCAAGACCUGUGGCGGUGGCGAGCAAGCUCGUAAGCGUGUGAUACAGGCGGAAGCAAAGUUUGGAGGUAAAGCAUGCGAAAAGAACCCUCUAGUAGAGGUUCGAGGCUGCAGUGAAGAGAGCUGUUACGUUGUAGAAGACUGCCUGUGGGAAGAGUGGAGUUACUGGAGCGCUUGCAGUGCUACGUACUUGAGAUCGUUCUUUAAUUAUUUGACAAGACCAGAGCCAGAAGGUGAUGAUCAUCAUGAUCGUGCUCGGAAAAAAUACAUGCAAUAGAAACAGAAACUACACGAUGCAUUAGAAACAGCAACCACAAGAGUAUCUACUUGUUCUCAUCCACCUAUAGUACCUUUAGAAACAGAAGAGUACUUAUCUAGUUGUUCUCAUCCACCUGUACCUUAUCCCAACAGCUGCGGUGGCGGUCAGCGUUCUCGGGCUCGCAAUAUUGAGAUUUCACCACGAAACGGAGGAAAGCUGUGCGAUGCGAAGACAAUGAGCGAGACGGAAGCCUGUGGAACAGAGGCUUGCGCCGAGGUGGUGGAUUGCCGUAUAGGCGAAUGGAGUGACUGGAACGCAUGCAGUUGCACUUGCAAUGGUGAGUGUGUGUCUCGCGUUUUUGAACUUGGAAAGUUCCUUUGUUUUCUUUCUGUGUGGUGAGUCCUUCAUGCUGUCUCCCUCAUUCUGUUGAUUGCGAAACGUACUGCGCCCCUCUUGGUUGCGAACUGGAUAAAGCUGAGGCCGCUCUUUCAGUUGCCCCAGGAUACAAAAAAAUCCAAAUCCAAAGGCUGGCGGAUGUGUAGUUGAACUUGAAAGUCAAGGAAGUGCUUGUGCUUUUAGGUUUCAACGAUUCAGAUUUUCCAACACUGAUCUGGACAUCAUACCAGACCAUCACAUUUUCCAACAUACUUAUUCUGCCGCAACAAAUAGACCAAACAAAUCCCUCCUAAGCAAUUACUUGUACAAGUAUUCGAGUGGGUACAUCUAUCUAUCUAUCUAUCUAUCUAUCUAUCUAUCUAUCUAUCUAAGGUAUCCAACAACGCGUCCGCCACAUUGAGGAAUAUCCUAUGAACGGUGGCGAGGUUUGCCAAGGCGCUUUGAAGGAAAUUCAAGCUUGUAAUACAGGAAAGUUAAGCGGCCUUCUCCCAGUCCGUGCUUACCAUCUUCGGAAGCAUCCACUUAUCAUAAUAGUACUUGAAGUUGUCCCUUAGUAUAAAGUGGAAACAACAAGAAGAAGAAGCAUAUCAAACUUCAACUUCAAGAUGCUCUUCGAGUAAGAUGGAAACAAACGAUUAACUCCUCUAAGAAAAGUCUGUGAGCCUCCACCAGGACCGCCACCGAAGGAUUGCUUGCUCAACGAAUGGUCUUCAUGGAGUGAAUGCACUGCUUCCUGUGGCGGUGGAGUGAAACAGAGGAGUAGGAAGUUAUGAUAAUGCUUUCAGAACGCGGGGCUGUUGCAGUAGAAGUUGAAGUGACUUUCACUGUGCAAUUCCUAGAUCGAUGCAUGUCAGUAGAGUUAUGCGAGGUUUUCAAAUUCGAGCUUGAUCAAACAACCGCCCACUUCUAAUGAUCGUCGCCACCUGGCCAGCCUACGGUGGAAAGGGCUGUGACGGUGUCCUAGAGGAGGUCGCCGACUGCAAUGAGGAACUCUGCAAAGAAGAUCAGCCUCCUAAGGAGCUACCGCCUGUCAAUUGCGAGAUGUCACCAUGGGAUGAGUGGGGUGCUUGUAGUGCAGAAUGUGGUGAAGUUAAGGCCUCUACAGAGAUUCCUGAGACCACUACAAUCACAAGACUGCACACAAUCCUCAAGAAUGUGACUGUUUUAGUUGCUUUCUCUACCAAAGAAACCAACGAAAAAUCCCAAUGUGGCAAAAAAAAGACUUCUCAUAAGAAGGUAGCUCUUCUAACAAAAGCCAAAGAACAAGAAAGCGUGAGAUCGCGAAGAUGCCGAAUGACGUGGGGAAACCUUGUGAACCUGGAGCCCUGUACGAAGUAGAAAAAUGUGAGGGCACAGACUGCAAUACCAAGAAUUGCGAGUGGAAGGAGUGGUCUGAGUGGGGUGCAUGUGCUUGUACUUACGGCAACAUGGAACAAAUCAAGUGGGUUGUAGUUGUUAUUUGUGGUACCACCGCAUAAUACUAAUUACAUCUCAUCUCGUGCCUUGAUCCUGAUCUUACUUUGUCCUCCUAAGAAAGUAGCAGAUCUUUCCCUUCCGUAGAGCUUUCCUUUACUUUUCUCCUGCCUCCUCUAAUACUUUGGCCUUCGCCAGCGCAACCGCGAAGUGAAGCAGCACGCAACGGGCAAGGGAAAGCCAUGCGAAGGACCUGUUGUGGAAUCAAAAGCAUGCACGCCAGACUGCAGGAAAGAUCCCAUCGAUUGCAUCGUCUCCGAAUGGGGAGAUUGGAGUGAAUGUACGUCUCAUCUUACGUGGGGUAUGAAAAAAAUCUAAUCGAGUUCAUGAAACGAAUAGAAAAUGGUGCUUACAAUUCUUACUCAAGAAGAACAGACAAUUGCGGUAACCAUUUGCACAAUCAGGUUCCAAGUCCUGCGACGGCGGUCAGCGUUUCCGACAGCGUGUUUUGGAAUCCGAAGUCCUCAACAACGGCAAGCCUUGCGACGCCGAUCUAGAGCAAACCGAAGCUUGUAAUGUGGAUAUCGUCUGCGACGGCCAGGAACAGGUGGACUGUAAGCUCUCCGAAUGGUCCUACUGUUAUGGCACUAGUAAAAAUCCAUCUUUCAACAUCUCUAGAGGCAUCUUCCAUCGUGAUCCUGGGAAGGCUGACUUUUCAGGGGGAGAUGAGCUCAUCGGUUCAUCUCUGGUAGGAACGACUAUUUACUUCUAGUACGUAAGAUGGAAAAUGAGUUGGUCAGACUGCUAAUGUUGGUCAGACUGCUCAGUCACUUGCGGCGAAGGACAAACGACUAGGGAACGAAGUAUCGAAGAGCAUCCAGCGUGGGGAGGAAAAGUAUGCCACGGAGAUCCGAUGGUUGAGGUAUACUUCUAUAGAAAUUUUGCAGGUGCGAGUGUGUUAUAGAAAUCCUCGUUCUUUGACGAAUUCGAACAAAAACAAAAGCAGGAAUACAUAGCUUCACAGGAAAGUCAGAAUCCAACAUCUACAUCCUCACCUCUCUAACUCUACUUUGAUCAUUCCUAUUCCAUUUUCUCACAUGCAAUCACGAUCAGACCAAAGGCUGCAACCUCGCAAAGUGUCCUGAGGACGUUGACUGCCACUGGGACGAGUGGGGGUACUGGAGUAGUUGCUCUAAGACAUGCGGUAACGGAAUUCAAGAAAGGAGUCGAGCGAUUGUGGUACUUCCGUUGUUUGUGGUUACGUGUAUUUGCAUGAUCAUCGACUCAGUGGGAAUUAAACACACUCGUCUCGACUCUUUUUCAACUGUGUAGUAGUCGUGUACUAGUUGUAUGACUGUUACGGAGGUUUUUUCUGUUGAGAAGCCUUACUCUACAAUACUACGGUUUUUUUCUCAUCAAGAAAUCUCAAUCUCUUUCCCUUUCAUCCCAAACGCAAACCCAAAGGUCGCACCCAGAGGCGUCGGAAAGUUGUGUGAAGCCAAGGACCGUGUUGAAGUGCGUGGAUGCAAAGAAGCGGAGUGCAAUUCCCCUUGCGUCGAUGGCGAGUGGAAUGAAUGGACAGAAUGGUCACAAUGUAGUGCGAGUUGUGGGGGAGGGUAAUAUUUUUUUUUGUGCUGUGCGUGGUAUCGGUAUGUGUAGAUUACAAUAUUAAAGUUCUCUUGACUUCUUCUUUACACCCAAGUGAGAAGUCUACUGAGUCUGUAUCUCUCACAAUUCCUCUCCCUCUCUAUCGAUCGAUUAGAUACCGGUACGCGGCCCGCCAUGUCCUCACAACGCCAAAUUAUUGCGGAAAGGCGAUUGUAGGUGACGAUAGAAAAUACGAGAAAUGUAACACUCAUCCAUGCGGAGACAUAAGCGUCGACUGCGCCUUCGACGAGUGGGGAUCCUGGUCAGAUUGCUCUAAUGCCUGUAAUGGGAUUAAAGUUAAGAAUUUUCCCCAUUUUAAUGAGGUGUGCUGCAAAUCUUGAUUGGCUUCUUCCCUUUUUACAGGGUCGAGGUUUAGGUCCAGCGGCGCUCAAAGCACUAAAUAAAACAGCCGGUUAGUUUUUACCUCUAGCGUGUAGCCCUUCCCCUUCAAACAACAACGUUGAGCAAAUCUGUCGCUAAGACAACUUGAUGCUGGCGGGGUAGUAGAUGAGCUGAGGGCGUGAUUAAGAUUUGAUGCCACGAAAGAGUUUCUGCGUAGAAACAGCUUCUAAUCAAAACCGAACGCGUCGGAUCGCAACGUAUUCGUCACACGGCGGCGAGCAGUGCGAAGGCAGCACGAAGGAGGUGACGGGGUGCAACAUCAAUUCCAGUGCCUGUAAGGGUGUUCCGGUGGACUGCAUCUUAGGAGAAUGGAGCGACUUCGGGAAGUGCACAGCGCAUUGUGCUGGCGGUGUGCAGCGACGCGAAAGAUCGAUUAUACAGCAUCCACAACAUGCGGGGAAACCUUGUUUAUGAUUAAACCGUGUUUAAGUGGCAUAGGAAUAGGAUUCCAUGAAGGAGGACCACGCAGAACCUUUCCAUGAAGAACUCUCCUGACACGACCUCUACAACUAGAUCUACAACAGCUCUUGCUCUCUUUCAUCAAGUACACCACUUCUAGAGCAGUAGACACCGGAUUCUCAUCAGCUCUCCGGAUUUCUCCUUCUCGGCCACCUCAGCUCCAGAUGUUUUUGUUUUUAACGUUUACGUCAACAUCAACAUCAACACUUUUCUAAUCUCCGACGCCUCCCUUGUCGAAGUCCAGGGCUGCAAUAUGUUCGACUGCGCAAACACUCGGAAUUGCAUGUGGGGUGAGUGGACGUAUUGGGGAAGCUGUACGAAAGAAUGCAGCGGCGGGACUACAACGAGAUACAGGCAUAUCGAACAGAUGCCGAGUGAAGACGGUAAUGAAGCUACUUUGACGCGGUGAAUGAUUGUUGUAGUGGUCGAUGGCGACUACAUCUGUGAUUAUCUUAAUGUGCACUGCGCUGUAAAUUCCUUACCAUGAGUUUACCUCUGUGUAAGUUUUGCUUCAAAAAUGGCCAGUAAGGGUCGAACCUGAAGUAUAUGGCCAUGACUCACACUCUAUCUCUAACAUAGUAGAUCCGUGAAUUGCAAUGUAGGGGAAAGAAUGAAUGAUAUUUUCACUCCUGCUAACACCGCACCUCUUACUGCUAGCAAGUGCAACAGCAAAACUGAAUCACAACUUCUCGCUGAUCUUCCCAUUCCCAACCGCAGGCACCCCGUGCAAAGCCGCGGACGCUUUGCAAGUGAAGAGCUGCAACGAAUUCCCUUGUGGCAGUAUUCAGUACUGCGUCUGGGGCCAGUGGGCAGCGUGGUCAGAUUGCUCAGCGACUUGUGGUACAGGCGCGCAAAUGAGCAGAUAUAGAGCUCUAGAAUACAGCAGCUGGCAACCGUGGGAUGAGAAGUUAUGGAUCAGUCAAGGUUCUUCUAUUCUUUGCUGUCUUGUAAGUGUAAUGAAUAUGACUUUGAGCAGCUUCCUCGUUGUCGUUCGUUCUGCUUUCUUCAAAUUUGUUAGCCUUCUUACUACUUCGACAGUGUUACUACUUCGACAGUGUAGUGAGGACCCCCAUUAACUGUACGUUUUUUCUUCCCCUUCUAACGGAAGACGUAAUGGUUACCGGAAUCAUGUACGACCUGGCCAAACUAGUGCCGAAAGGCGACUUCGCGCUUGCCCAUCUUGGCCUCGGAUUUCUCGGAGGAAUGCUUUCGUGCAUCGCUGCUUUGGCUCUGCUCACCAGGGUGUUUAGGAGGGGAAGGAGAGGAGGAGUUGGAGACUCUAGUACUUCAUCCAGUUCUACUACUUUGGGAGGUUCUUUGGACGACCAGCUUGAAGCAGGAGCAGACUUCGGUCUCCCGUCAAGCAGAAGUAGCUCACAUCAGCAAUUGCUACAGUUUUAGUAGAUAUUAUAUUAUCUGAUAUUUUUCUUCUUCUGCAACUUACUAGUACAAACAUAUGUACAACACUUCUAACACAUGAGUUGUGAAAACUUCUUAGCCGAGUCCUCGGGUAAUUUUGCUCGAUAAAAAUCAUUUUCCUACGGUCGUAAAACGAGAAGAUCGCGCCUCUACUUUCUCGGCGCCGUUGUAUUCUCAUCUUCAUCCACUAAAUACUAUGUUGAUUUUUAAUACUCAAUGUAGUUGGAGUAAGUCGUGUUUUUAGAAAGAUUCCACGACGUAUAGGGUCAAAAGAGUUAUUGGCUUUGUUAGUCUUUUUCAUCCAUCUUUUUUUGCAUGCUAGUACGUUCAGCAGGUACAACGCAUUCGCAAUAUCAAUUUUGGUGAAGUUGUUUACUCUCGCACUGUUGAAGAUCAUGAUGGAUAAAGUAAAUGAAAGAUGGUCGCUCUGACCUGAAUCAAAUGAAAAAGAUGCGAUAAUACAGUUUUUCUUCAAGGACGUAGCUACAACAGCCUGAAAAAGUGAAAAUUGAAGUACUGAAAAUGAAAAUGAUAAAGGUUACUGUUACUGUCCUUCCACGUCGACUCCCUACUACAUACUCCAUCUUCCUUGGUGG